AUGUCGAAAUACCUCUGGGAAGCGCUAGACAGGAUGAUCAUGCAGAGUGUGCAAUCCAUGUCGUCGAAGGUCUCACAGACGAAAAGCGAUCUGCUGGCCAUCGCCUUUGAGGAGAUUAUGCAAUCGAGGUCAUACUACGAGGAAUUCAUGCAGGCGCUGAGAAAUAUGGAGUCGUGCCCAGGCUAUCACGAUAUGGGCACUCUCAUGAAGGAGCAAAUAUUGGCGACCGAAUACAAGUGCAUCCUCGAGAGGCCGGUCUGGCACCGCUACUAUCUCCAUAAAAUUAGCAGAUAUCAAACGCCACCGUGCAACCUGCUCCAGCGUACGGAUCAUUUGGUGAUACAAAUCAUGAAUAUGCUCGAACUCAGUGUGGAAACAUUUGAGCUGAACUGCAAAAUAGAGGAGCGGGUUUGUGAUGAAGACUGGAGAAAGCUCGAACGGACUGAGCACAACCCAAUACCUGCCAUGCUCAGCACUUCAGUUGCGGUCACAUCCACAUUCCUCCAUCCGUCAGUAUUGUGCAUCCCUCAUGAGGCCGUGAUAGGCUUAAUACUGCUGCUACAGAUGAAUCAAAUGCACAGAGACGACGGCCUCAGAUUUUUCAGAAACUUCGCGAGGCUGCAGGGUGUCAUGAAAGACGAUCCGCUGAAGAGCUAUGGCAGCUUGGACGGAGCUCCAGAAACGAAACAAAAAAUCGAUUGGGAUGAAGUCUUGAUCAGCAUGUUUCGAUACCUGUACCUGAGCGCCGAGAAAACCGGUCGCUCCGUGGUACUUGCUCCGAUCAUUCCAAGCAUGCAAAUGGAGAAGGAUGGAAACAAAAUCCAGCUCAAAUGCGAUAGUCUAUUCGAAGAGCCUCACGGCGAGCAUAUGAUCAAAUCGCUAGGCUGGCAGGAGAACAUCCCUUUCAUGAAUUGA